AGUUUAACGUAUUACGGUGGCCGGUGUCGUACCUUUUGCAGAAUCACCAUGGCGUUGAAAGAGACCGCCGGACUGUACGAAACACUCAAAACAGAGUGGAAUAAGAAGAAUCCAAACCUGAGUAAAUGUGGCGACCUUCUGAGCAAACUCAAGGUUUCAUUGCUCGAGCUGAACUUUUUACCUACCAGUGGGUCUGCGCUCACCAAGCAGCAGCUCAUUUUAGCUCGAGAUGUCCUUGAAAUUGGAGCCUUGUGGAGUAUCCUGAAGAAGGACAUCCCAUCCUUUGAGAGAUACAUGGCUCAGCUAAAAUGUUACUACUUUGACUACAAGGAUGAGCUGCCUGAAGCUGCCUACAUGCACCAGUUGCUUGGACUGAACCUUCUCUUCCUGCUCUCACAAAACCGAGUGUCUGAGUUUCACACAGAACUGGAGAGACUGAGCGCAAAGGAUAUUCAGACCAACGUGUACAUCCGACACCCAGUGUCCCUAGAGCAGUACUUGAUGGAGGGAAGCUACAACAAGGUUUUUCUUGCCAAAGGCAACAUUCCUGCUGAGAGCUACACAUUUUUUAUAGAUAUUCUGCUUGACACAAUUCGUGAUGAGAUCGCAGGAUGCAUAGAGAAAGCAUACGAGCAGAUCCAGCACAGUGAAGCCACCCGUGUGCUCUUCUUCAGUUCCCCAAAAAAGAUGACAGAAUAUGCCAAGAAGAGAGGCUGGAGUUUGAGCCAAGACGGCUGUUACUCUUUCACCAGUCAGCAGCAGCGGACAGAAGAGGUGACCAUCCCCUCGACUGAGCUGGCACAGCAGGUCAUCGAAUAUGCACGACAGCUGGAAAUGAUUGUGUAAUCCGCCCCCAGGAACACACUCAGCUUUGUACAGACACACUCUGACAUACAUGACGCCGAGCCACUCAAAUGCAGCGUCCCUCGGUGGUUGGAUUCUUAUUCAUAACUCGGAUACAUCCAGCGUCUGUUUUCCCGUUUUCUUCUGCGGGUCUUACUGUCAGGCAAUUGGCUGUCAUUUUAAAACACAGGGAUCAAAAUUAAAGGUUUUACAGGUGACCAGUCAGUUCAGCAGUUGCUACAUACAAGGAUUUCCAUUUAAUAAAUACUUAAAAAUUCUUUGAAAGUUUAUUACAACUGCACCUCCUGACUUUACAGCGUCACACAAAUCAACACAAAUUCAAGCUCUCUUUUUUUUGUAUACAAAGUUCACUUUCUCAUUUGUAGAGCUCACACAAAUGUAUCGCCCUUGCCUUGUAUCCUAGCAACUGACUUUGAAUUGCCAUUGAAGUUUGAGUGUUUUCUAAAUGGUAAUGCCUCUUCCUCUCUAGAUGAUGGUUUGUAAUCUAGUUGAUCUCACAUAAAAAAAAAGAGUCUUUGUCUGCAAUAAAUGAUUCAAAGACUAAACUG